GGGAAACCCAGGCUGGAUCUUUUUAGGACCUGGCAUGGGCAGAUCCUCCUGAUAUCGAGCCUUGUCUUGCUCCAGCACCAGUGGCAACUCUUCUCGCGCGCCCCAGAGAGGCCUGAUAACCGCAUAGAUCUGCUUACAACUUUCAGCUGCAUACAGUCCGGCUCUGUACGACUGCAGUCAUCGUUCCCCGCGUUCUCGAAGAGGCGGCCCCUCUCGCAUCCGUCGGCCAUAACCUGACUGCGAGAUACCCGACCUCGUAGGGCUGCAACACUGGCAUCUGCUGCUGAAGCACUCGCUUUUUCUUAUGCAGGUACUUUGGUGCUAUACUCUUUACCUGAUCCUACCUCACACGACAAGCGUAUCCUGAUAUCCGGGAUCUGAUAUCACGAUGGCCGUCUCAAGGACGCUUUCGCUGUCCCUUCUUGCGGGUCUCGCGCCCAUCGUGGUCGCUCAGCUAGGAGGAUGGGUAGCCAACGAGGUCAACACUACAAUGUGUACAUGGCAAGGACUGCGGGCGGCCGUCAUCAGAGACUCAGUAUACAUGGAUGGUGGCUACAUCUACUGGAGGCCCGGCUUGGCCGAUGGAUCAUAUGGCAGCGCAAUCCAGGACCACGACCAGCCUGGGAUCUCGUUGAUGCUGAACUUCAGCAUACCGUUCAACAUCUCACAGAACAUCAGCGCUCUCUUUGAAGAACCUGACAGGACUUCAUUAAAGCCUCUCUACUAUGACGGAGCGAUGCUCGCCAGCUAUGAUGACUACUGGCUCUAUGGCGGGUUGCUGACAGUCACAAACAAGUCCGCCGAGCCAGACAGCAACACGGGUCUGGAGUGGGAGCAGUACCCCUCCGAAGAGGGCCAGACCGCCUUCUCACCUCUGUUCACCACGUAUGAGCUGAGCGGAAACAUGACACGAUAUAUUGCGUAUGGAGGUGCGGCCAGCGUGCCCUCGGAGAGUCUCGGUUUCUACUUUGCUGGACUUCACGGGCCCACCUGGGACGAUAUCUACUACCCGGAUGGCGAUGAUGCAGACACGGCCACUGAGACAUCUCUCACGCUCAUCACGCUCGACAUGGCGGCCGACUACCAGGGGACGUGGACCAACGUCACCUUGCCAGAUGAUAUACCGGGGCGUGCGAGCCCAGAGCUGGUGUGGGUGCCCGUCGGCAAACAGGGGAUUCUUGUCGCCCUGGGAGGUGUGGUGUAUCCUGAAUUUGUGACGGCUGACCACGUCUCGGAAAACGAGACCGCAAGUGCGUGGUAUACGCAGAAGACAACAGGCGGCCCAGGACAGCUGGCGCAGGGCUGUGCGGUCAUGCAGCCAGCCGCAGACUACUCGAGUUUCAACAUCUACUGGUAUGGCGGCUAUGAUGGUCUUCACGCGACGGACGACUCGUACUGGAACGACGCAGUCUGGAUCUUGUCGCUGCCCAGCUUCACGUGGAAACAGGCCAGCACGGCACGCUCGGGAUACGCGCGUGCAGGACACAAAUGUGUCAUGCCGUAUCCAGACCAGAUGAUGGUCAUUGGCGGCCAGCCGGCGCAGGCUAGCACUGUUUAUGACUGCGUGCCCGACAUUAUCCAGAUCUUCAACGUGAGCUCCGCGCAGUGGCUCGACCGCUACGACCCGACAGUCUACUCGGACUAUGCUGUGCCCAGCGUCAUCUACAACGCGAUUGGGGGCGAUGGGUCCGGCGGCGCAACGUCCACUGCGCCCAAGAGCUGGGAUACGUCGGCCCUGGGCGCCGUCUUCCAGACCGCGUACGCCACCUCCAAGAUCUCGACUUGGUACCCUUACCCCGAGUCGACCUCGACCUCAGUAACCAACCCCACGUACACGCCAACGACCAAGAGCGGCGGCGGCAGUGGUGUGCCCAAGUACCUCGCGCCCCUGCUGGGCGUUCUCCUGGGCCUCAUCUUCGUGUCGUCCGUCGCCGUGGGUAUCAUCGUCUGGAGACGUCGGAAGCUGAUGAAGGCCAACGGCGGCAUGAGCGUGGCGCCAUCGGACGACAAGUGGAAGAAUAUCAUAUCGUGGAUGAACGGGCAGAGGGUGGCGGAGCCCAAGGACGAGACGGUCACGACCAGCGAGGAGCUCGCGCAUCCCAGCCCGACGCCAGAAGGGCCGAGGUUCGAAAACAAUCCCCAAUACCCGUUCAUGCAAAACUGGCGUGAGCACCCGCAACAAGACAUGCAGCAGACGACACAACCCAUUCACCAUGAGAUAGACGGGACGGGCAUCCUCUUCGAGCUGCCAGGUAAGCCCCUCCCCAGGCCUCCAUUUCUUUUCUUCUUCUUUUGA